CCCAAAGCCACUUAAUCGAGUUUAAACGGAAGAAAACUUACAACUACUGCAGUCCCUGCAACUUUACUAACGCGUUAUAGUUCAGGGCAGGGUAACAACAAAGAGCUAAAAACUGACGUCACUGAAAUAUGAUGUCAUCAGAGUCGCACAGUAGUGACGUUCGCUUGGCGGAGAGGAAAGAUGGCUACAUCGGCUUGGCUGCAUGGCCCAUCUGCUAUGCGACUAACUGAGGGCUUGGUGUCUGUUCUGAAAGAGCAGCGUCCGGAGCAUCUGCCCGCUCUGCUAGCAGGCUACAGGGAGCACGGCGUGUUCCAGACACAGAGCGCGUGCGCCGUUGGGGGUCUCGUGGGUUUUAGCAAUGCCAAACUGGGCUCGAGCAAGACCAGGUUCGAGGGGCUCUGCCUGCUCUCCAUGCUGGUUAAAGACAGUUCCAGCGAUCUAUUCCAGCAACACUGCCUGUCGUGGCUGCGCUCCCUGCAGCAGGUCAUACAGUCUCAGGCUCCAGUUGAGACUGUGCAGCUAGCAGUGAACAUUCUGAAGGACUUGCUGCAAUACUCGUCUCAGCUAGCAGAGCUGGCCAGAGAGGUUGGCCUCAACUCCAUCCUGGGCAUCCUCACAUCCCUGCUGGGUCUCAAGUCAGAGGUGAGAAACGGCAUCAAAGCACAGACACACUCAGUCAUUUCGUAUGGAGCGAUGCAGUAUCAAGGUCCCGGGAUGGAGCUGGCCUUUCCUCACCUGGACCAAACAGAUCCCCUGCUGCUCCUGCAGCUCCAGCACAGAUACACUGCUGUGUGCCUCGCACUCAAACACACACUUAGGUACAACACAUGCAGACGAGCACGCACACCUUUCAAGUUCACUUUAAUUGCAAAAGCAAAGAUCUAUCAGCUGGCUUUGGAAAUGUUCAGCAUUUCAACAGAUGAGCUGGAGGAGCUCCGGGCAGGACUAUCGGCGGAUGUUGUUCCUGGAGGAAAGCCCGGCCCUCGUAGGACGAAGCAUUUGGUGAUGGCAGAUACAGUCGGGCCAUCGCUGCAGAGGAAAGGAGACCAUCUAGCCAAUCAAGAUACCUGCCUUGCAGCUGUCAGGGCGCUGAGACAGAUCAUACAGAGCAGUGGGACGCUACUGAAGGACGACAUUCACAAGGUAAAUUCUCUGGUCCCGGGACUUCCAGGCCAGGGUCCGACUGCAGGAGACAUGAUUCUGUCCCCGCAUACGCACCACCAGCCUGAUCCCGCAGGCCUGGGCCCUCCGGAGGGACAGAGACCUGUGUUUGUGCGUUUUGACAAAGAGGAAGCCGAAGAUGUCGAGAUCUCUCUGGCAAGUGACUCGGACGACAGCGUGGUCAUUGUUCCUCCGGGUAUGCUAAACAUGGAGACUCAGCAGGACGACGCAGCCGCAAACUCGCAGAGCAUGCCCUCCUCUGCACCGGGUGGCGCUGGUGUGACGCUCGCAGGUGCAGAAUCUGUCACCAUGGUCCCAACUACGGCAGCCGCAGCCACAAUAGACGGCGUCUCUCUGCCCAACGACCUGGCUGCCUCUUCCCCCCUCCUCACUGCUUCCACCACCUCCAUCAACUCCUUUCCUCCUUCCAGUGCCUCGGUGGUCUCCCUGGUUCCACCUUUGAACUCCAGCACCUUUACAGCUCCACCUGUUGGUCUGGGGGAGUCAUUGCCUGGCAGACCGCAGCUCCAGCAGAUGCUUAUGCAGCCCUCCACGGCCAGCCAGGCUGGUCCCAUGGGGCUACCGCUCCAGAUGCACCUGCAGAAUCAAUUAAGUCAGCAGGGACGGCACCUCCACCAGCAACCAGCCGCUCCCGCCAGCGAGGAUUCUGCUGUCAUCAAUAUUAACAGUACUGAUGAUGAAGAGGAAGAUGACGAGGACAUAGAUGAAGAUGAAGAGCUGGAGGAGGACGAGGAGGAGGAGGGGAUAGAUGAGGAGGAACCAGAUGUGACGGAGAAACAGGAAGAAGACACUGAGAAGAGCUCUGAAAAGGAAGCAGAGCAGCCGGAGACGGGAGCAGGAGGAGGGCAGGAGAGUGAUGGAGAGGAGGGGAAAGGAGUGAAGAGGAAGAGGGAGGAAGGACACGGAAAAGAAGAGGUGGGGCAAAGCCCGGAGAAGAAAAAGAUGGACGACGAAGCCAUGGCGUCAAUGUUGGCUGAUUUUGUGGCGUGUCCACCUGACGAUGAAGACGGAGCUUCUGGAUCAAAAGCCUCAUAAAUAUUUGCCAACCUGAACUGAAAUUAACACUGAUGUCCGGCAGAAUCUGGCAAAACAUGUAUCGUUAGUCACAUUCCCAGGGUUUAGUUACCUCAAACAUCAUGCUUUACAUCGCGUGUCACGCAGUUUAAUAUGGCGUUCAGUCUUUUAACCAUUGGGACCAUUUCUGGCUGGUCUGACUUUCAUCCCCGGGUUAUAAUUGGCUGUCAGGUGUAAGAGAGCUCUUUUCUACGGUGCACCCAGUGUCCUCCCAGCGAGGAGGCAAAGCUCCGUGAAAUGUGUUAACCUGAUGACUUUGUUGUUCUUUACAGCACAAGUAUCUUCCAGCUAGUUUGCAGUUUUACUUCUGUUUGUAUGCAUCUUUUUUGCUCUCAUGGUUUGGCAUCAACGUCAUGCUUUGUUAAAUAAAUAAAAUAAUGUACUUCCAUUA